AUGUCUUUCCGGGCAAAUUCGCAACGAUAUGGCCAUGUCCCUCCAGCACAGUACGGAGCUCCAGGCUCGCAGGAUCAGAACAACACGAAUUCUGGUCUGCAUAGACAAUCGAGCUUUAACAAUGGGGAUGAUGCACAGUUCUCUGAUCAGAACAACAGCAGGUAUAACAGUACUGCGCCCCCACCGCCGGGGCGGCCUGUAAACAUGCCCCAGGAAGAGCUGUUUUUGGCGGGAUCGAUAUCUCAAAGCCCUCACUCGCCGGGUCUGAGUUCAUUUGGAAGUACAAGUCCAGCUCUGUCUGGAUAUCAGCAUCAAUACCAGCCAUUUCCCAGUGGCACAACAUCCCCGCAACAGAUGCCCUACAAUCCACAGCAUUUUGCUAGGACACAAUCCCAAUCUCAAGGAGCACAAUAUCGACCACAACCUGCCUACACCACCAACGCAAAUGCGAGUCACCAGCCGUACAAUCCGGCAGCGUACCAAUCUCCACAGCAGCAGCCCACGCGUCACACCACGGUCUCGGGGUACAAUUCGUACGGGUCUGCUUAUAACUCGACGUCCAUGCCACAAGCUCAGACUCCUCAAUCACCUCCCUAUUAUCCUCAGAAUACGCAGCAAUACGGUGUUUCACGACCUUCCCCACAAACCAUAUACGAGCAACCCCUUGCUAGCCCAACUUACCCAGCGCCUAGUUCAGCACCGUCAAGGCAGCCUUAUCAACCACUAUCGACUUCUGCUCCUUACCCGACCAAUGGUGAUAAUUACAACACGAGCGACUAUACAACGCCAACUGCCCAGGCGCCGUAUCCGGAUUAUUCUCCAUACUCUCAAGGAGCAAACCUUGCGUUAUAUCCAGCUUACAAUGAUCCCAAUUCUCCUCAGAUUAAUUCCUCCAACGGACCGGGACUGCAAAGGCAUCCCACUCUUCGGCCGCUCCCAAGUGCUCCUGUGGACGAGCAUUCGGGGGACAAUGAUGACUGGGGCCUUGGAAUACAUGGUCAAUCUGAAGAGAACUUGUCACAAGAACAACUUUUUGCAGAUAUCGGGGAUGCACUCGGGGGUUCAUCCCCGCCAAGGCAGAGAAGGCCACACGGGAUUGACCAGCGUAAUGGGGACCUACUUGAUAAUGAGCUGAAAGACCUUAGUCGAUACGACUCAAGAGCAAGCACUAUCAGCCCUCCAUCCGGGAUUGAUCGGUAUGCCUCCACAGCGUCAACGUUGAAUCAUAAUAAUCGCCGAACCACCUUCGAUAGCUACGACGGUGAAGAGAGUGAUGCUGAGGCUGCUGCUGGUCUAGAAGCCAUGAGGAUUGCGGAGGAACAAGACGCCAACCGAGCUUCGACCGGAUCAGGCUUGGCUUUUGGUGCUUAUGAGGGCCAACCAGGUCCAGAAGAUGACAGCAGUGAUAGUGAUUAUAAGCAUAUGGAUCUAGGCCUUGUUGGAGGCGGUUAUGCUGCUGAUAUGUCCUACGGUAAAGAUGUGGGUGGAGAUCACGCUGAGCACAGUAGCGAAAUGGAAGAUCAGAGUCGGCCGUUGCCAACUCCGUACGAUCUUGGGAGGUCGGAAGGCCACAACCACACACCAGCUCCUGGUCUUGGUGGCAUGACGGAUUAUUCUAUCCCUAGCGAAGGAGCUAUUCAUCCAUUCCCCGCCUUUGAAGCUGCGAGAGUUGAUACAUCCGGAACUGGAGGGUUGCAAAGGCCAACUUCGCAGCCUCAUAGAUUAAGCUUUGAUGAAGGAGAUGAGCAGGUUUCGCUCCAUUCUCGAAUGUCAGAAUCACGGCUGAGUGGAAGAUCCGGGAGUGACAGUCCAUCACGGGACGAAAUGAUGCCAGAGCUAUUCUAUCACCCUGGUAUGAGUAGCAGUGGGUCAUACAAUCAAAACCGGCCACUUCCAGUUCCCCCAAUGUCCGAGAAUAGGACCCCUCAACUCCAGCCUGCUGGAUCUUAUCGAAAUUCGGGCUACUCUCAUUCUUACUCUUCCAGUACAGAGGCUGCUCGGACACAGUAUGUUCCACAAGGUCCGGAAUCGUAUCCAGCACAAAGCAUGCUCACUCCAGGGGGGCAGUAUGUUCCCAGAUCAACCUCACUAUCAAGCCAUAGCAGCACACCACAGACUGUUCCUCCGGUGCGAUCAAAAACUGAUGCAGAAGAGCGCCAGGCCAGACAAAAGGCUGCGAAGAUGCGCUCAGCAAGCGGUCUUGAUGGUUAUGAUAUGGGCACGCCUCAAUCUUCGAUAACAUUGGAUCUUCCAGCUUUGCCAGCAGGUCGACGAAAGAAAUUUUCUCCCACUAGGCUUUCGUCGUCGGACUAUAGAAAAUGCGUGGAACCUUGGGCGUUGAGUGGCAUUGCAGAAUGGAUCCGGGAUAUGGCUGGCGGUGAGACUGGGGAAGGAGAAGCCGAUUUGAGAGAGAAAGCGAUUGAGGAUGGGCUGGUUGCCCUGUUUACCCACAAAGUACCCACAAUGAACACGGCUGAUGCCGAGACUUUGAGCCAAAGAGUGGUCAAAUCAAUGUUCGAUGCUGGGAUCCUUUUACCGGAUGAGGAAUGGGUCAAGUUUGGUAAUGGGACAGUGUCUGGAGUUCUGUGGCAACUUACGGGGUCAGGUUGCUAUUCGCCCAAGGUACAUGAGCAAGAGGUUCAUGGCAGAUGUUAUUCGCAUCACUGUACUCGUACACUCAAAAAGAUCAAUCUCCAGGCAGCAAAACUCGGCCCUCAGAAGAAAGCCGAGGACUGGGUCACAUUCUUCAAGCUAACGAAGGAACAACUUGAAGGUGUAAACAGAAAAGAGAUACAACGGCAAAACAAUCUUCACGAAAUAGUCAUGUCUGAAGAUACCUACAUGGACCAGAUCGAAGUGUUGCGAACACUCUAUAGGGAUGAGCUAUCGACAUGGGAGCCCCCUAUCAUCGCCAAAAGCAAGCUUCCGAAAUUUAUUACAUCUGUUUUUGGCAAGGUAGAGGCUAUAAAGGAUGUCAAUGAGAAUUACCUUCUAGCACAACUAAAAUACCGGCAAAAGGAACAGGGACCUUGGGUCAUGGGGUUCAGCGACAUAUUCAGAGAAUGGAUCCGGAAAGCCAAGCUUGCAUACAUUGAAUAUGCUGCAGGAUUUCCUUAUGCUACCUAUCUCAUGCGGAUAGAAGCAGAUAAGAAUCUUCUGUUCCGGCAGUUUUUGGAUCAAGCUCGUGACAACAAGCGUUCCGGCCGUCUCGAUUGGAAUACAUACCUCAAAGCGCCCAUCACUCGAUUGCAACGAUAUACUCUACUUCUAGGAACAGUGCAUCAUAACAUGACGCAAGACACGGAAGAGAAGGCCAACCUUGCUAUCGCUAUUGAAGAGAUCAAGGCAGUUACUCAUGAAUGUGAUGCCAAAGUUGAUGAACAAUCGAAAAAGGUCGAGAUGAUUGAAUUGAAUUCUAAACUGCACCUACGACCUGGUAUGACGCGUGUUGAGCUCAACUUGGAUCACCUCGGGCGAGAACUUAUUUUCCAGGGUGAUCUUCAACGUGCUGGCGCAAAUCGUUUUACGUGGCUUGAGACACAUGCGAUUCUGUUCGAUCAUUACCUCGUAUUAGCAAAAACUGUGGUCAAGCCGGAAGCUACUACUUUAAGGAAAAGGGAGGUUUACGAUGUGUCGAAACUUCCUAUUCCUAUGCAACUUCUAGUGCUCGAGAGCACCAACGAUGAUCCUGUAGUGAAAUCAUCGGUGAAGGGUAUUGGAGCUGUUACAACUGCCGCAAAAACAUCAACCUCUGCCUCAGACUUGAGAUUAGGUAUGAAUCGAUCGUUAACCAGUGGCCUGGAGAGGACAAACACCCUUGAGCAAACAAACUCGAACAAUUCAGUGGCAACAAUGUCGUCAAUAACACGACUUCCGAGCGCGAACAGUGAGGCGGAUGCGAGAUCUAUGUACCCCUUUCGAGUCAAGCACCUGGGCAAAACGGAAGUGUAUACUCUGUAUGCACCGAGUGCUCAGAACAGGCAAGACUGGUGUGACAAGAUACUCGAAGCCAAAACUCGGCAUGCGGCAUCACUAUUCGAGCAGCACGCAGAACCAUUCAGAUUACGGGUAAUGGCGGAUACUGCUUUUGCCUACGAUGUCAUGGCAAAUGUAUCUCAAAAGAGUGUCAUGUCUGUUAAAGGCACCCCGCUGGACCGAUCAAUACGAGAGAGCGAGAGGAUAUAUGGCGGUGGUGUUCGACCUGGACCAGUAUGUAGAGCUCAAGUCAACUGUUCUACCGCUUUCAAUUGCUACGGAAAGUCUAUGGUGGCAAUUGGAACCGAUUAUGGUGUGUAUACUUCGGAGACAUCGAAUCCCCGGGGGUGGUCAAGGGCUAUACAAAUCAACCGUGUGACACAAAUUGCCGUCCUCGAAGAAUUCUCACUUUGUCUAGUAAUUGCAGAUAAAUCCUUAAUAGCAUACCAUUUAGAUGUCAUAUUACCCGUCUCGAACUUCCCUGCUCCUCAACAGGAUUCCAGCCGACGAGCGCCCCAAAAGCUUUCCGGAGCCCGCGACGUCUCAUUCUUCGCCACCGCCCGAAUGAAAGACCGCACCCUCGUAUUCUACAAGAAGAAAGAAGGUCUCCAUUCAACCUUCAAAGUCCUGGAGCCCGUAUUUCAGAAAUCCACCGAGAAGAAAUCCCGGCUCUUCGGCGGCAAAAGAUUUGGUGCAACAACUGAAUUCUUCCGCGAAUUCGACGAAUUCUAUAUCCCGACUGAAUGCUUUACGAUCAACCUCUUCAAAUCUUCCAUCGCCAUCUCCACUCUCAAAGGCUUCGAACUCAUGACCCUCGACAAAAAGGUCCCCAUCUCCAUCCCCGACACUCGCAACCCAGGCCUUGGAAACAUAACCAAUCGACUCAACGGCCAGCGCCCGUUAGGCAUGUUCCGUCUCUCAGAGUCCGAGUUCUUGCUCUGCUAUGAAGAAUGCGGCGUGUACGUCGACUCGCACGGCGAUGUAUCGCGCUCGGUCAUCAUGGAAUUCGUUGGGCGCGCGAAAACAGCCGCUAUGUAUGGUGCCUACCUCGUACUCUUCGAUAGCGAUUUCGUGGAGAUACGAAAUGCGGAGAAUGGGCGGUUGAGGCAGGUCAUUGCGGGACGCGAUGUUAGGUGUUUGGAUUAUGGGAUUAAUCCUCUUGGAGCUGGUGGGCAGCUUGUACAGGGGGGUGAGAGGACGCUGAAGCUCGCAAUGGCGCAUCCGGAAGUGGUGGGGAAUCAGGUUGUGCUUGAGAUGCAGCUGAACGAGGGGCAUAAUGAAUGA